CGUUAACUGUCACAGCACAGUCAUACUACCCACGUCGUACACAGAGCCAGUGAGUUUGACCUUGUCGCGUUUGUGGGUUUGCUUCGUGUGCAAGAUGGUAGGAGCUAUGCACGAAGGCAUAGUUCGCGGCGACAUGAACGGGUUAGAGAACAAUGGGCACGGCCAGGCGGCUGUGGCAACGCAGCUGCUGCAGAGGGGAGGCGGCGAGGAGAGCAAGUGGUACGAGGAGGAGAUCGACGACGACCUCAAGCUCUGCUACUCCUUGAACAGUGUGCUGCACCGAGGGACAAGCAAGUACCAGGAGAUAGCUCUGAUCGAUACGAAGCAUUUCGGGAAGGCUCUGAUAAUCGACGGGAAGAUGCAGAGUACGGAGGUGGACGAGUUCAUCUACCACGAGUCCCUGAUACACCCGUCGCUUCUCUUCCACCCCAACCCGAAGACGGUGUUCAUCAUGGGAGGCGGCGAGGGCUCCGCCGCAAGGGAAACACUGAAGCACAAGACCGUCCAGAGGGUGGUCAUGUGUGACAUAGACGAGGAGGUUGUGGACUUUUGCAGGACAUACCUAAGCGCUAACUGGGACGCGUUCGCCAACGACAAGCUCCGUCUCGUCAUCAACGACGCCAGCAAUGCUGUAUCUGUGCUUCACGAUCGAUUCUGCAGGGCUGAGCUGGAGAAGAGCACGGAGAAGUUCGACGUCAUAGUGGGAGACCUCGCGGAUCCCGUGGAGGGAGGCCCCUGCUACCAGCUCUAUACCAAGUGCUUCUACCAGAACGUGCUCAAGCCUAAGCUCGACGAUCACGGCAUCUUCGUCACACAGGCUGGGCCAGCCGGCGUUCUGACGCACAAGGAGGUCUUCUCCUCCAUCUACAACACCCUGAGGCACGUCUUCAAGCAUGUAAAAGCUUACACUGCGCAUGUGCCAUCCUUCGCUGACACCUGGGGCUGGGUGAUGGCAUCAGAUCAACCGUUCACCCUCACUGCCCAGCAGAUCAAUCAGAGAAUCGUGGACAGGAUCGAUGGGGAGCUGCUGUAUCUCAGCGGCGAAUUUCUCAUUUCUUCCACCAUUCUCAACAAGAGCGUAUGCGUCUCGCUUUUGAACGAGACACAUGUGUACACGGAGGAUGAUGCCAGGUUCAUCUACGGCCAUGGGAUGGGGCACUGCGCUUAACUGGACGGAAGCCCCUCGGUCUGGAGCCACCGGGACUAAGCUUCAACGUAUGGUGAUGAACUGGAGAACAGGGCAAAUAAUCCAACUGGGGAUCGACGUAGAACCUGUGAAGAUGGUCUUUUCCUGUUUGUUUAGGCAAUAAAUUUACGGUAUUUCUAGUUAUGGGACGUAUGAGAAUUAAUUUAGAGCUCCGACAACUCCA